AUGCUGUGGUUCACUUUCAUCCUUCCCCUCCUCCUUUUCCCGGGUUCUUCAAUCGCAGGUCGCGAGUCACGAUCUCAAAGUCUUCAAGGUCGAUCAUACGGGACCCUGCUCACUGUGCGCGAUGGAGACCACCAUCACAAGGGAACACCUCUACUCGAACUUGAUGAGGAAGCCAUUCUCCGAGAGCACGACGCUACUCCAGAAUCCUACUACACCAUUGACUGGGAAGAUCCUGAACACGCCCCCGAACGACAUCCUGGAUUCAUGGUCAUGCAUAUUCUCUCCAUGUCUGCCGCAUUCUUUGUUGCACUGCCUAUGGGUAUCGCUAUGAGAAGUGUCAAUCACGCUUGGCAUGGUGUCGUUAUGGUGUCUUUCUAUGGCUUUGCGCUUCUAGGAUGUGCCACUAGUGGAAUUUACAGAAAGCUCACUCCCAACAUGUACGAAGGCAAUGUCCACGGAAAGCAAGGUUACCUUCUUCUCACGCUAUCAGUCGUCUUAACGACUAUCGACCUCCUCAACAUAUUCCGACGCGUCGUCAGCUUCAUCCGAAGUGGUGAGAGAUUCCAACCACGCGCUUUCUGGAAUCAGGUCGUUCGAGGAAAGGAGGAUGCGAAUUCGGGAGGCGAAAUUGAGCUCGAGUACGCUCAUCUCAUCGCCGAAGACCCCGAGGAACUUGUCCCUUCACCACCUCUGCCUCACAAGCGCGUCGACUCACCUUCGGACGAACACGGUCCUACCGCUCGUUGGGCAAAUGAAGUCAGCCGCCAUCGUCGCGAUGCUUCAGAAGCCACGCUUUAUGGCCCUCGUUCUUCUCAUUCUGAUGAUACGCUGCAUGAGACGGACGGUUCUCACUCGCACCAUAAACCGGCUUUAAUGCGUCGGAUUGGGUCCGGGGUAUUCGCCACUUCGGAACGUGUUCUGGUAUUUUGGGCUUUCGCACAGGUCUUGUCAGGCAUCACGGUUUAUAUUGGCGGAUGCAGAGGGAAUUACCUCCAGAGCUGUCUAGCACAUUUGAUCAAAGGUGGCAUUUUCUGGUGUUAUGGUCUAUUCACUUUCGCCCGCUACCUUGGGACGUUCUCUGAACUGGGAUGGGCAUGGAACAGAGCGCCGAGAAAGUUUGUCAGCGGUGAAUUCGUGGAAUCACUUGUCAUCUUCUUCUACGGAAUCACCAACACUUGGAUGGAACGUUUCGGCGCUGAACCGGGAUCACCCUUUACUACUAAGCAGAUUCAACACAUCGGGAUUGCUGUCAUGUUCUGGUUCGCAGGACUCCUCGGAAUGGCGCUCGAAUCCAAGCUUGUUCGUCGAUGGCUAGCAAUGUCUCCGAGACCAACUGCUCAAGAUGAGGCUACGCCAGAACCGCCUAGUUAUGUCGCAAGUUUCAACCCUUUCCCAGCGCUUGUCAUCGGUGUCACCGGAGCAGCCAUGGCUGCUCAUCACCAAAAUUACGUGUUCCAGAUCCAAGUCCACCAGCUCUGGGGUGGUCUUCUCCUUGCCUGGGCCGUGUUACGUUGGUUGACCUACUUCUUCCUCUGGGUUAGCCCACCGCAGUCGUAUCUGCCUUCCCGCCCGCCGACGGAGGCUUUGGGAAGCUUUUUCCUUGCAUGCGGUGGCCUCUGUUUCAUGUUAUCGAACGAAGAGAUUACCUUCGCGGCUAUGAGAAGAGGAAGGGAUGACGUCAUGAUGUUCCUCAACGUCGCCGUUGCAUUCACCUGUUUCGCUAUGGUCUGGACUUUAUGCGUCGUCGCCUUCAAAGGGUAUCUCAAAGCGAAAUUCAAGUACAAGUCGCGUCAGGGCGCUGCUUGA